AUGGAUGUUGCGGAGAGUCCUCCCACUCGCAUACUUCUGACCUUCACCGGCCAGGCCUUCCUUUGCGUCGCUAACGUGCAAUCGCUCCUGCGACCGCCUCCCGCUUCUGCGCCUUUGCGCCGCUAUUAUUCCCCCGUCCCGCUCGCCACCUCUGCGCCGAACGUAACAUGGCUUCUACCGCCCGGCCGCUCUGAAUGGCCGCCCGGCAUAGGCGGCAUGAGCGGCGCAGGCGGCGCGGGCUAUGAGGGCGUGCCGGCACCUCAAGUGCCCCCACCAUACCACACGUCCGCGCCGCUUCCGCGCAUCGUGGAACUCCGCGCACCCCUCCCUCACUUGCCUAUGCCCGCUCAUGCGCUCCCCCACUGGACCCCUCACAUUUUCGCGGCCGGGAACGACCCCGCCUCCUUGCGAGCAAUCAGAAACUGCCGCGUGGCAAACGAUGACAGGCGGCCAUGGGGCUAUGAGUCUCGGGCGGCAGAAGCGGCCGCUGAGGCGGAAGGCGCAACGACGAGGGCGGACGAUGGGGGCAUGGCUGAAGGCAGAGGGCGCGGCGGGAAGAAGCGCGCGGGGAAGGGUGCGAAGCGGUCCGGGGCGCAGAGAGGGGCGGGGCGGAAGACGCCCCAGCCACUGGCGUUCCAAGUCACAUGCCCGGUGUGUCCUGACGUGGUGCUGACGUCACUGGGUGUGCUACAGUCGCACUUGGCGGGUCGCAAGCACCAGGCCGCCGAUGCUGGGCGCGCGCAGGGGGGGGGCGCGAGGGGGGCCGGGGCGCAGGGCGGGCAGGAGCAAGGGGGCCACGCACAUGACAAGCAGGGGCAUGGGGGGGAGGGGCAUGAGGGGAAGGGGCAUGGUGGGGAGGGGCAUGAGGGGGAGGGGCAUGGUGGGGAGGGGCAUGGGGGGGAGGGGCAUGGGGGGAAGGGACAUUGGGGGGAGGGGCAUUGGGGGAAGGGGCUUGCGGAGAAGGGACAUGCUGACAGGCAUAGGGGUGAGGGGAGCAGUGGCGCACUGAAUGGGGAAGAUGGAGGGGGGGGUGUGGGUGGCACGGGGGGAGUGCAAGGGGAAACGGGGUUGGCGCAUGGGGAACAUGGUGGGUAUGCGGUGCAUGGGGGGCAUGAGUCGCGAUGGCCGUUGGAGGAAGAGUGGCAGGAUGAGGAAAAACCGUACGUGCGGGAGUGGCGUGAUGGGGGUGUGAAGGUGGAGCAGACAGUAGAGAUCAUCGACCUGGAGGAGGAUGAGAAGAAAGAGGAGGAGGAGGUGGAGAUAUUGGAGUUGGAUGAGAGCCAAGGGGACGAGGUGAAAGAGGAGGGGAGUGAUGAUGUCCCGCGGCAGGGCAAGAGAGCGAGGGCCAUGGGAUGGGCAAGUGUGGGGCCACCGUUUGUGGGGGGCUGGUGUGCGGUGUGUGGGGCGACGUGUUUGAAUGAGAGCAACUACAAGUUCCACCUCAAUGGCAAACGCCACCGUGCUGCCCUCGCUGCCUCUCACACAGCUGCUGCUGCUGCUACACGUGUGCCAUGA